GAGAGAGAGAGAGAGAGAGUCCAGGUUUACAGGCGGAGGCAGUGGGUGCGCCCGGUGAAUGGUCGCUUUAUCCCGCUGUGUGAGCUGAAGACGCGGCCGCGCCCCGCUCCUCACGGCAGAUCCUGCAGCUCCAGUUCACAGGAGACAGUGCGGGUGUGAAGAUGUCCGGAAUCGCCCAGAAGCUUCAACAGAACCGAGCCCGGGCUCAGGGCAUCGGCACCAACGCGCAAGCCGUGAAGUACCUGGGACAGGACUUCGAGACGCUGAGGCAGAACUGCCUGGAUUGCGGGCAGCUGUUCCAGGAUGAGAGUUUCGAAGCGAUCCCGUCCUCUCUGGGCUUCAACGAACUCGGACCCAACUCCUACAAAGUCCGCGGGAUCACCUGGAAGCGGCCCACGGAGCUGUCUUCCUGUCCACAGUUCAUUGUGGGAGGGGCCACCAGGACGGACAUCUGUCAGGGGGCUCUGGGUGACUGCUGGCUCCUGGCUGCCAUCGCCUCGCUGACGCUGAACGACCAGGUGCUCGCUCGAGUGGUUCCUCCUGGACAGAGCUUCGAGGAUCAGUACGCCGGGAUCUUCCACUUCCAGUUCUGGCAGUUUGGAGAGUGGGUGGAUGUGGUGAUUGACGACAGGCUGCCCACCAAAGACGGGGAGCUGCUGUUUGUCCACUCGGCCGAGGGGUCUGAGUUCUGGAGCGCCCUGCUGGAGAAGGCCUACGCCAAGGUGAACGGCUGCUACGAGGCGCUGUCGGGGGGGUCCACCACGGAGGGCUUUGAGGACUUCACCGGCGGCAUCGCAGAGGCGCACGAGCUCAGCAGUCCCAGCCCCCACCUCUUCAAGAUCAUCCAGAAGGCCCUGGGAAAGGGCUCCCUGCUGGGCUGCUCCAUCAACAUCACGAGCGCGGCCGACUCCGAGGCCAUCACUUCACGCAAGCUGGUGAAAGGCCACGCCUACUCCGUCACCGGAGCUGAUGAGGUGGAGUAUGACGGCGACAUGGUGAAGCUGAUCCGCAUCAGGAACCCCUGGGGGCAGGUGGAGUGGACCGGGCCCUGGAGCGAUGAUUCCAUGCAGUGGCGUCAGGUCAGCGAUGAUGACCGAGAGAGGCUCAGCCACCGAUCGGAGGACGGAGAGUUCUGGAUGUCGUUCUCAGACUUCCUGCGGCAGUACUCGCGGCUGGAGAUCUGCAACCUGUCGCCCGACGCGCUGACUGACGAUGACGUGAAUAAGUGGGCGCUCUCCAAGUUCGAGGGCACCUGGAGGCGUGGCUCCACUGCCGGGGGCUGCCGCAACUAUCCCGACACGUUCUGGACGAAUCCGCAGUUUGUGAUCAAGCUGGACGAGGAGGACGACGACCCGGACGAUGACGAGGCGGGCUGCAGCUUCCUGGUGGGCCUGAUCCAGAAGAACCGGCGCCGGCUGCGGAAGGACGGGCAGGACAUGAACACCGUCGGCUUCGCCAUCUACGAGGUUCCUGAAGAGGCCUCCGGGCAGAGGAACGUCCACCUGAACCGGUCCUUCUUCCUGCGAAACGCGUCGGCGGCGCGGUCCGAGACCUUCAUCAACCUGCGGGAGGUGUGCAGCCGCUUCUGCCUGCCCCCGGGGGAGUACCUCAUCCUGCCCUCCACCUUCCAGCCCCACGAGAACGGAGACUUCGUCGUGCGCGUCUUCUCCGAGAAGCAGGCCGACUUCCAAGAACUCGACGACCCUGUUGAGUACAAUGCUAAAGAGGAGGAAAUUGAUGAAGACGAUGUUGAUCAAAGAUUUCGGAGUCUCUUUGAACAACUGGCCGGACAAGACUGUGAAAUCUCCGCUUUUGAGCUGAGGAGGAUCCUGAACAAAGUGAUAACCGGGCGCGGGGAUAUCUCAACCGAUGGAUUUACCCUCCAAACGUGCCGCAACAUGAUCAACCUACUGGACAAAGAUGGAACUGGAAAACUGGGCCUGGUGGAGUUCAAGAUCCUCUGGAUGAAAAUCGAGAAAUACCUGAACAUCUACCGUGAGAAGGACGUAGACCAGUCCGGCACCAUGAACUCCAUGGAGAUGCGCGUCGCUGUGGAGGAAGCAGGCUUCUCCCUGAAUAACGCCCUGCACCAGGUCCUGGUGGCCCGCUACAGCGAGCCCGAGCUCACCAUCGACUUCGACAACUUCAUCAGCUGCCUGAUCCGCCUGGAGAGCAUGUUCAAUACAUUUAAAGCGCUGGACACAAAUGAGGAGGGGGAGGUGGAGUUCAACAUCAUGCAGUGGAUAAAUGUGACUCUGCUGUAAGAGCCAGGGGGCGGAGUCUCAGCUGCAGGAUGGAGUUCUGAACUGAGCGUGUGCGAGAUCUCCUGCACACUGAACACUCUCCCCCCACUCUGAACACUCCCCCCUGAACGUUUUCCUGUGCAGUCCCCAGGAAAAUGGUGUAAAAGAAGCACAGGAAAGCAUUAUAUCUUUAAAGUAAUACAUGAAUACAUAUUGAUAUCUUAAGGGUGCCUUGUGUUUAGGAAGCGGGAUUCUAAUGUGCUUUUAUUUUGCAGUGCAAGAGAUUCAUGCUGAAAAUAGAAAUGUAUUCAAAAUGAUUGAAUUGCAGUGUAAUAAAAACACUUUGAGAUUA